CGGUACGACGAGCGCAGCAAGGAGAUGCAGAAGGAAGCCGAGUCGGGAGCGCCUCCAGACUUCCGUGGUCGCGGGGCUCCUCACCUCCACGUCUUCAUGGCGCUGAUCGUGUACUGCGCGGCGAAGGAGAAGGGCACGCUGGAGAAGGACGUGGCCUCGGCGGUGGACGAGAGCAUGGGGCGGCUCAACAGUGUGGUGAGCAAGCUCUCGAUGCGGCACCUCAAUCGCAUUGUGAAGCACUGCCGCGUGAAGCUGCAGAGGAAGAAAGAGCGGGCGGAUCAGAUGGCGACGUUCUACUUGAACACAGAUCGGCACAACACGGUGGGAGCGAGGCUGUUCGAGACCCUGUCGGUGGUGAUCGAGGCAGGGGGCGGGGAGUACGUGGGCGGGUCUCAGCCGCGGGGCCCGCUCGAGCGCGAGGUGUCGCGCAUGCUGGACGGAGCAGCCUGA